ACAGUUCAAUUGUUUAGGUGUGAUGGUAAGGUUAAUGGUCGAUACAAAAUAGUUCAUACGAAUAUUUGGGUAGGGAUUUUCAUCAAAAUAUGAUUUAGUCAAUAACAAAUCAUCAAACCGUUUUCUUAAAAUAGUACUACGCUUAAUCCGUCUACGAUUAUGUUACAUCGGUGUAGAAUCUAUUGUAAUGAAGUUUCUUUGUCAUGAGAAUAGUUUCUCUAUAACUAUCGAUCGAUUACGAAAGAGCUUUUAAGUUUUACAUUUUUAAAGAUAGUUGUGGCUUUUAAUAAUUUAAGGAAGUUGUUUAAUAAAUAAGUAAAGAUGUGCAGAGUUCACUGUGUAUAUAAUUAAGGAGUGUGCGUGAUUGUAAAGUUGCUAACGUGUUAAUAAAAUAUGUGUUUACGUUCGCUUUUCGUUCUAUUCACGCGUUCAAUUUACUUAAAAAAGUCAUAAAGCUAGUAAUUGUUAGUGUCGCUUCGUGUAAUAUGAGAUACGUAGACUGAGCCAUAUCGUAAAUUGUUCCUGAUAUCACGUCCAUGUAUUGUUGCUCCUUCCUUUCACGGUUGGGCGUCGGGAUGGCGAGCAUGAGCUCCACGCUCGUCGAAACCGUCUCCAUCAACUACGAGGACUUUAACGAGAGCUUCCUCACCUGCGGCACGUGUUUAUGCACUUACGAUGGAGGGGAGCACACGCCCAAGCUUUUGCCUUGCUCGCAUACAGUCUGCCUACACUGCCUCACACGAAUAGCUGCCUCACAGACUAGAGACGCCGGCAGUUUCCGAUGCCCCAUCUGCCGGGAGCUCAUCACUAUACCGAGAGGCGGGGUGGCAGCUCUCCCGCCAUCCUUUCUCGUCAACCAACUCCUCGACUUAAUGGCCCGACAGCGAAGGGAAGUCAUCCCACAGUGCAGCUCGCAUCCAGGCAGAGAACUACUUUUCUGUGAAACCUGCGAUUGCGUGUUCUGUCGACACUGCGCCGACGGCCCACAUAGCGACACCCCUUGCGAUCACACCGUUGUACCCUUCUCUAUAGCCUUGAAGAGAAUGUCCGAAAUACUGUUGUAUAGAGCUAACGAGUGUUUAAGUAAACUGGGUUCAGCGAGAGAUGCGGUGGCUAGCGAACUGAGGCGACUCGAAGCGGCGGCGACGGCAGCGGACGAAGCGAUAGACCGACAUUUCGCAGAACUGAAGGCAGCGAUCGAUAAACGUCACAGCGAAUUGAAAUCGGCCGCAGCAGCUGCCGCUACACAUAAACGAAAAUUGCUCGAAGAACAACUGAAGUUGAUUGACGCGGAAAAGGCUAAGGUGGAAGCAGAAUGUUCAGGUCUCCAACAACAGGUCGAAGUUCGCGAAGUCAGCAGUCGGGCAGCCGCCCUGGGAGCCCGGCUAGGCGACGCCGCGGCUCUCGCGGAACCAAGGGAAAAUGCCUUCUUAGCCGUGGACUUUGCGCAUAAUGACGCUCAGCAAAGAUUUGCCGAAGCGUUAGCCGAGUUGGGCAGGGUUAGGACGAGUACCACGUUCCCGGGGCUUUGUACGCUGCAGUUAGAAUCGUUAUGCGUAUGCGGUCUAGAAGUGGUGGUGGUACUUCGAACAGUGGACUACCACGGCGAGGCGCGCAGCACGGGCGGCGACCCCGUCAGCGCGGCCGCCACCGUAGACGACGCGCCGCUGCCUUGUACGGUCACUGAUCUCGAUACUGGACUCUACAGGAUCUCGAUGAGACCAUGGUCAGCAGGCGCAUUAGCAGUUCGAGUGCAGGUGUUCGCGCGAGGAGUUCGGGAUUCGCCGCUCCGCGCCAGUGUGGCGCAGUCCGCCGCGCCCGAGGCCGUGUGGGGCGCCCGCGGCACCGGCAAGGACCAGCUCAGCCAGCCCGUCGCGCUCGCCAGAUGUCCGAAGCGACGGGAGAUCUACGUGCUAGACGCGGGCAACUCGCGGGUCAAAGUGCUGGAUGACGAGACGUUCGCAUUUAAAACGCAUAUCGUUAACGAAGGUUUAGCUGGUCGAAGUUGUACAGGUAUAGCGGUCACUGCUGAAGGCAUUGUGGCUGUCAACUGGCGGACGCGAACACUCACUGAGGUGACGGCAGAUGGUACAACGCUACGUACAAUUCGUUCGGAGCGUCUGGUAGAGCCGGUAUGUGUGGCGGCCGAUCCUGUGACGCGGCGUUUGGCCGUCGCUGACAAUGGAGCCAGAGCUGUGUUUCUGUUCGACAGCCAGGGGAAUAUUGAGAGAGAGAUAGGCAACGGCGAGUUGGGUCUAGUCGGCGGUCUCGCGUUGUCAGAAGACUUACUAAUCAUAGCAGAUGUGGCAGUCAGGGUUUACGAUACUGAAGGAAAUCUCAAAAAUGUGUUUGCACCAGUGCCUAAAGGUCGCGGCGGCUACGGCGGCGUCGCCCUGGACUCGGGCGGCGACGGGUCGCGGCACAUCGUGUGCACGCGCGCGGUGCGCGGGCGGCCGGCGCUGCUGGUGCUGGCCGCCAGCUCCGGCCGCCUGCUGGCCGCCGCCGAGCUGCGCGACCGCAAGCCGCGCCGCGUGGCCGGGCUCGCGCUGCUGCCGGGACGACGAGCGUUGCUGGCGGAUCUUGCUGCGGAUUGUCUCAGGCUGCAUACUUAUUGGUGAAUACCUAAAGAGAGCUUCAGGAGUCGCGUAUACAGUGAGAGGGAGCAGUCGAGCGCUGGGAGCGCUGCGUAACGAAUUUCAUGCUAGUCCAAUAUUAUAACGGAGAAUCGAACUGUUGGCCAUAAUCACGGACUGCGAGCAGAUACUUGCACCAAAGUCUUUAGUCGGCCGGCCGGCCACUGCGUUAUUCAAUACUUUAUUUUUAGUACUUACAGUAUUUAUUUCGUAUUAAGUUGAUUAGGUUAUUUUCUAAAACGUUUACUUUGUCGAUUUUAGUUCGGCGCUUAUACGGAAUUUGACAAUAUUAUGACUGAUUUUGAUUUUUAUGUAUUUUCGUUUUACUUGUUCGCCAGUUAUAGGGGCGUCGGACCGUGAUGGUUACUAAUAUUAAAAUAUUUCGUGCACUGUAUUGUUUAAGUGUAACUGGAUGAUCCACCGUGCAAUCGGCGAUGUUUGAAUUAGUCUUUAAUUCUUGUCAAUGACAUAAUCACUUUAUUUAUUUUAGUGCAUCAAAAAAUGUUGUUGGCGAUUCUAACUUCGCUUUAACUAGUCGUAAGACGCGCGCAUUUAUUUUUAAACAAACUUUAGUUAGUUCGUUCACUACUAAUCGAGGAAAUUUAAAAUCUCACACAAUAAUGAUGAUGAUUAGCGACAAUAUUUAUGAUAAAGUAUGUAUUAAGAGUAUUGGUCGUAUGCCUUAACAACUGAUACACGCUAGAUGACGAAAUAUGUAAUUGUAAAUCGAUGAGUUUGCGUGACAUAUCCAGUAGAAUGGUUUAGUACGCUUAGUUUAGUAUGUUGUUAUUAGUUUGACGGCGAUAUUGCAGGAGUCAGAUAGUGUGACAGACCUGUUAUGUACACUCAUAAGAUAGCUGCCAGAUAAACCUUACGAUUUGGACAACUAAAGAGCAGUACUGAAUUAUACAGAUUUAGCCGUAAUAUUAGUGAAAAGCUGUAAUCAAUGGAAUUCAUCAAAAUAUACUUGUGCAGUAGUCAUCUUUCGACAAUAGCCGUUGUUCCACUGAGUUCCUCCCUUCGAUUUAUUGCAAUAAAUCAUUUAGAAAGCGAUUGUGAAAUGAAACUAGAUUUAAUAUUUACUUUUAAAACCGGCGUGUUCGUCGUUAUUAAAUAACUCGGUAUAGCCUAAACGUAGGUUUUAUCUGGUCGCCCUAAUAAAUACCAUAUUAAGUGCUAAAUAUAGACAGCUAAAUGAAAUAGCUAUUUAUGUGAUCAUUAACAAAAUAAUAAAAAUCUUAUUCUUCUCUAAGUAAUAGAUCUUGAAGUGUCAACUUUAUCAUUAUUCAAUGAAAAUUCUAAAUCACUUUUCAACUUAAAUUAGUUGUUUUUCGAUUAUUCUCGAAGAUUUGCUGCCAUAUUUUCGAUUAAUGACCAAAUGAUUAAUGAGUGACAGUAAUCGUGUGCUAUUUAUAAAUCUUUAGCGAACAAAAUUAAAUAAUAGCAUAUAAUAGAUACUCUUUGAACUGAAUUUGUAUAAAAAAAUAUCAUCUUUAUGGAUUGCUCAAAAUAAUAAAAAAAAAUACUAACAUCAUAUCAUGGUCAAAGCAAAUUGUUUCAUAUAAUUAAACUAAAAUCCUGCAAAUUUUUAAGUACUAAAAUCUGAUUAGCUUUAGUAAAUUUCUCUUCGCUAUAGUUUAGUGACGUUGACUGUUUAUUCGAGCUAUCGUUAAUUCGUAUCAACUAUGAAAAUAUAUAUCAUACUUUUACUCUUUCUGAAUUGAAUCUAAUAUCCGAAAGUAGACCAGAAUGAAUGGAAUAUAUGAGUUAUUUCUUGAUUGUAUUAAAUAAUUUUGUAUCACCGUUUUUGGCUAUAUAUUAAAUACAUACUUAGUUUUCAACCGUAAUAAGCGAUUUAAAUAAAAUAAAAAGUUUCCUAUGAUUCCUUUAGGUACCUGAAUUAGAUCUUUUCAACAUCAAAGAAAAUAUGAAUAUUAACAAAAAAAAGUAACAUCAUUUAUUCAUCACGUGAGCAUGCAAUUUACAUGUCACAAAAUUUUAAUUUUAAUAACGGUAUUAACAUGACAAAUUACCUGUUAUCCGUUUUUCAACCUAGACAAUACAAUAUUUUAUCAUUGUUUUAACGCUAUUGAUGAGGACGUCAUCGUCAUUCAAACAAAGGAAUCUCAUAAAAAUAUAUUAUUUUCAUGUGAAAUGUAAUCAAGACAUUCGCAUUAAAAUUAGCAUUAAAAUAUAUGACAUAAUAUUUUAUUGCGACAGCUGUACUACUUUGUUAAAUAAUACGCGUAUGUGCGCAUUAUAUGAACAGAAAAAAAUAUGUUUGUUUAUUGACGACGAAAUGUGUUAUCUUACACGUGCGGAUCUGAUUGGGAUCACAUCAUUUUAUUUAUAAACAAAAAAUCUCAGAAAAUUCACUUAUUAAAAUUCAUAUCAAAAUGUGCGAGUAAAGUUACUAUAAACACAGUCGCGUAAAUAAACACAAUAGCAUUUUCUAAAUUGUUAUACCAUAUCACUAAAUAUUUCAAAAACGUUUUAUGCAAUAAACUUUAACAGGCGUGUCGAUGCCAUUUUCCGACAUGUUAUUGCUAAACAAGCCAUAGUUAAGAAAAUUAGCAUAGUGCGUGAAGUCAAAACGUGAUUGGCAUGUAUAAUUUAGAAAUGCGCGUAUGCGCUUCAGAGGAAUUAUUAUUGAGUUACAAAAGUACAGUUGCAAAUAUACACCUUAAUAUGACCUUAAAAGAAAAUAUUCUGGGUCCCAAGCGAAUUAUUGUUUCUUUGGUAAUUCACUUGACAUUUUCUUCCGUUGGUGCUGAUCCCUUGUCAUAAAUUCUGUUUAAAUGUGUCAACGAUAUAGCAGAAUACGGACACACAUUUCAAAGUAAUAAAUGUUUCCUUGAGUAGAUAUAAAGACCACGUCAUUACUUCUAUUUAAGUUCAUUUAAUAUGCCAUAAUUAGUGUGAACAUACAGCCAGAUAUAAUGUUUCAGAGCAAAGUCCUAAUUGUAGCUGUCAUGUUCCCAUUAGUCUCUCGAAUGUAACAGUUAUAAUACAUACGAUACUUAUUUUUAUAACUACAUAGUAUUUAUUAUCAUGUGUUAGUUCUUCUAUUCAGUUAAAUGACGUAGGUAAUAAAGUUCCUUCUAAGUUCAUCUCUCCGCAGUUGCAUAACGUUUAUGACCUUUGAUUGCAAUACUAUGUUUGCAACUUACAUAACCAAUGUUUAUUUUAUAGCAUCUAUUCAAGCCCUGUUUGUUCUUAUACCCGCUGUUUACACAAAAUAUGAUAUUACGGUUACCAGCCUUACAUAAAAUUUAUCUCGUCUAAUAGUUAUGAUUAUAAACUUAGAUAUGUGUAUUGUUUGUAUGUUGUGUUACGUUGUGUGCUCGUGUUGUCGUGAACAAUUUCAGCUUUAAAAAUUGAUAAACCGAAUUACUUUUAGUGUUGUCUAAUAAAAAUUGUUACUUACAUACAUUCUGUCGUCACAACUCGCUUACACUGCCUUUAUUUUGUUGAAGCAUUUAUCAAUAAGAUUUCACUUUAAAAAACUCUUUCUGCUUACCCUUCUUAAAAUUAAUCAUUAUCAGUACACUAUAUCUAUAGAUAGUUAUUGGGAUAGAACAGUUCAACAGCAGAUUGGUACAAAAUAAUAAUAAAUAGUUAUGAUGUGUAAUUUCUUUGCAUUAGAUGUAAACUGUUUAAAUGAAUCAAAGUAAGAAGUGUUCUAUUGUUUUUAAAGAUGAAUAAAUCUAUUUUGGCACUAGAUCGACUAUUUUCAGACAAAAAUGAUGGAAUUGAUAGAGGACUCAUUUAUUGAUUGUAUGUACGCCUAAAAGCUAAAGUAUAUUUAUUUAUCAGAAGCUGUGAAUCUGUACUUAAAUUAUAAUCACAGAGUAUCUCAGUGUAAUGUCGAUAACGUCACUUUUGUGCAAAACAAUAAAGUUAAAUUGAAAACAUUAAAA